ACAUGGGGAAAUGUGGAAAACUUAAUAUAUUCUACUACAACAACAAUGGAUGUGUUAUUAGCACCAUCCAAAAUAACCACCUAAAGCCAUCAGGUGAGUGCGGAGUAAGAACAGCACACAGCUCCAGGGUAGUACACGGAGACGCCGCCCCUCCAGGGCAGUGGCCGUGGAUGUUGGAGAUCAUGUAUAAAGGAAAAUAUUAUGGUUGUGGAGCGGUCUUGCUGUCACCCACGUGGGCGGUAACCGCAGGACACUGCGUGCGCACUGCCAAAACGUACGGACCCUGGACGACUAUUGUUAGAUCCGGGGAACUUGAUCGUCAUAGUUUGAGUGGACGAGAGAGAGACUAUUUCGUCAAAAACAUUAUAAAGCAUCCUAGAUUUGAUGUUGAUGACUUCCAUGACAUAGCUCUGCUUGAGCUCUUGACUCCAGUUGAUACGUCCAGUGAUUACGUCAUGCCUGUUUGUCUUCCCACUGGCCAUGCUAUUGAUGAGUUUGUAAACAAGGAAUGCUGGGCAUCUGGUUGGGGAGAGACUAGAGGGACAGGCGACAGAAUGAAGCUACAACAAGUGCAGAUGACCGUGUCCAGUGUAGCUCAGUGUCACGCGGCAUACGGCAACAAUGUGACGACAAACCAGGUCUGUGCGUCAGGUGGCGCCACCAAACAGGUCUGCAAUGGUGAUUCCGGAAGCCCUCUGUCCUGCCGCGUGAAUGACAGAUGGUACGUUGUGGGCGUGGUCAGUUGGGGUGACAACAACUGUCAUGGCCGACCUAGCGUCUUCACGCGCAUUUCAGAGUUCACCAGCUGGAUCCAGUCGACCACGGGGAUAGACGUCACAAGCACCGCACUGAUUGGAUAACGAUCACUUUUGCCCUGUGUUCAAAUAAAAUAAAGUU